AUGAUUAAAAAUUGCAAUAAUGAUAAUAGUAAAUAUAGACUACGAACUAGAAAUUUGGAUCAAAUUCGUCCAUACACCAUAGAACGUAGAAAAGCUGCAGCACAGGGAAUCCCUGUUUACGUUGACGAAAUAGCUAGAAAAAUACAAAACAAAGAUUGUUAUGUAUUAGAAGAUAUAGACCGUGAAUUUGUAGUGGAAGACAAAAAAAAGUUGGAUGAUGCUGAUGAAUCGUCAAAAUUUGAUAUAUCUUUAGAUGAAGUUUCAUCUAGUGGCGAAGAAUUACAUUCAUCAGAUGAUGAUGACGAGGAAGAAAAUUGUAAUUAUACAAGUUCAGAUGAUAUUUCUGACUUGGCAGAAUUUAUUGAUAAUAUUAAAAAAUCAAGCGGCAUAAGCAUGAAUAAUAAUCAUGCAAAUAAGAGAAACCAUAUGAAUAAUUCAAAUAAGAGAAAGUCCGUAUCACCAAGUACUCCAAAUAAGCCAAAGUACGUGUCACAACCAAGAAAUGUCACAGCCACCGCUAAUCUUGGAAGCUUAAAUAAUUCAAUUAUACAAAGAAUAUAUAAUUCUUCGCCUCCUCCGCCGCCAUCAAGAAAACCAGAUUUUGAUUGGAUUUUAGAUGAUGAUGAUAGUGAAUUGUUUUCUAGAAAUUUAAUUAACAUUAAAAAAGAUACAAAAGAGCAUGAAAGAUGUAUAUUUAAAUCAAUAGAUAAUUUGCAGAACAAGGAGGACAUUAAUUUAGAAAAUAAUAUUAAACUUAAUGGUGGCGGUGAAUUUUCUACGCUGGCUAAUCACAAAAAACUUGAACCAUCACUGACAUUACCGUUAGAAAUCGAAGAACCCCUUAAAGAACUGUGUCGUAUUGCUGAAUUAACACCUGAGGUUCAUCUAGAAAAACUUAUCGAAUUGUUUGAAAAAUUAUAUUUAGAGAUUGAUAUCAAUCGGGAUUGGCCUUUACAAUCAAAAAUAUUAAUGACACGAAUAUCAAGGAUGAUAAAAACUUGGGAAUUGAAUGGCAUAGAAAAGAUCGAGAAUUCAAAAAAAAAGUCGAUGUCUAGCAUUCAAGGGUUAUUAAAAAACCUAUUACAAAUAUAUUAUAAAAUAGUAACAUUUCUAAACAUAUCACCUGAGAAUAAGGGAAGUAUUCUUCAAAUCAUUCAAUGGAUAAAACAUAACGGAAAUUUAGCAGCUGAUUGUAAUCGAUCACUUUCAAAAUAA